UUUUUGAUCUUCUUCCAUAUUCCAACAAGAGAGUGGUAACCAACUUCUUGCAACAAGCACUUGGCGAUCCUACACUGAAUGAAGUAUACUUGCUCUUGACAUUCAAACUGCAGCCAAAGAGCACAGCCACCAUAUUUGGCCUGUAUUCGUCAGCUGACAACAGCAAGUAUUUUGAAUUUACGGUAAUGGGACGGAUGAAUAAAGUGGUGCUGCGCUACCUGAAGAGCGACGGGAGAAUGAAUUCAGUGAUCUUUAGCAACAUCCAGCUGGCUGAUGGGAAACCUCAUGCUGUCCUCUUGUGGCUGAGUGGCCUGCAGCAGGGAUCGACCGCAAUAGAGUUGUAUCUGGACUGCCUGCAAGUAGGUGCCGUUCAGGACCUGCCAAAAGCAUUUUCAGCGCUGUCUCAGAGGUCGGCGGCAGUAGAGUUGCGCACCUUCCAGGAUAAGUCACAGGAUACGCUAGAUGAGCUGAAGCUGGUAACUGGAGGAACACUUGCCCAAGUGGGGAACCUGCAGGACUGUUUUCUUCAACAAAUUGAACCUGUUGCUCAGUACACUGGUGAUUUUAAUAGGCAGCUGAUGGGUCAGAUGAUGCAGAUGAACCAAAUACUGGGAGAUGUGAAAGACCUUCUCAGACAACAGGUCAAAGAAACGACUUUUCUGAGAAAUACCAUAGCUGAGUGCCAAGCAUGUGGUUUGGGAACUGUGAAUUUUCCAACUCAGCUUCCUAGGCGCAGUAAACCCAAAUGCGAAGUUAAUUCCUGCUUCAGGGGAGUCAGGUGUGUGGAGACAGCAGAGGGAUUUCAGUGCGGCCCCUGCCCUGAAGGGCUCACGGGAAAUGGAGUUACCUGCUCAGAUAUUGAUGAGUGUCGUUACAACCCUUGCUUUCCUGGAGUGCGAUGUGUCAACACAGCUCCAGGUUUCCGAUGCGAAACCUGUCCCCCGGGAUAUACAGGGCAAACUGUGCAAGGGAUAGGAAUCAACUACGCGAAGAGCAAUAAGCAGGUCUGCUUAGAUAUUGAUGAAUGUCAGAAUGGCGGACUUGGACUCUGCGUUCCAAAUUCCCAUUGCAUAAACACUUUG